GAACUCCUCUCUCCUGCUCCAAGCACACAAACACAACCACACACCAUGUCCUCACGCUCCUCAACCCCCGGCUUCCCCACCGGCCAUGACUCCUCCGACUCCUCCCCCCCUCCAGACUCAAACAUCGACCACGCCCACUCCCUCGCCUACUGGAACGACAUCCCCGCCACGGUCGACGGCAUGCUCGGCGGAUUCCCGCAAGUCUCGCGCAUCGAUCUACAAGGCUCGAAGGCGUUCUUCGCCAAGACGAAGCGCCUCCUCUCCACAGACCCAUCCCUCACAUCCUCAUCCUCCACAUCUCAACAACCAAAACUAGACGAAAAGCUCCCCCGCGGCGUCGACUGCGGCGCAGGGAUCGGGCGCGUCACAGAGGGCUUCCUCCGCGAAGUCUGCACCACCGUCGACGCCGUCGAACCCGUCGCGAAGUUCUCGUCUGUGCUACGUGCGAACCGCGAAAAGGCCGGCCCUGACGCUGUCCCUGGCGACGUGUACACACUCGGGCUAGAGGAUUGGGUUCCCGAGAGACAGUACGAUUUGGUCUGGGUGCAGUGGUGCGCGGGGCAUUUGACGGAUCAGCAGUUUGUGGCGUUUCUGCGCCGAUGUUGUGCCUGUUUAACGCGCGGUGGGUUCGUGGUGGUCAAGGAGAAUACGACGGGGGAGGGGGUCGAGGGGGAUGAUUUUGAUGAGGAGGAUAGUAGUGUCACGCGGACGGAGGGGAAGUUUUUAAGCCUGUUUGCGGAGGCCGGGAUGAGGGUUUUCGCGACGGAGUUGCAGGUCGGGUUUCCGAGGAGAUUGGGGCUGUUGCCGGUUAGGUUCUUUGCGCUGAGGCCGGUGGAGUGAGCUGGCUGUAUAUGGGGAUUGUGCUUAGGGUUUAAGGAUGAAGACUGUUUGGCGUUGUUGGUCAGCUGGGCUGGUUAUGUUUAUUGCAUGGAUGGCGUACGGUUAGAAUAGAAUUAUGAGACAUGAACACUGGAACUCCUCAUCGUCCCAAUCGAAUAUCCUGGUUAUUAAGAACUGUG